GCCCUUGGGGGACACUGGAAAGAUGUAAGGGGUGGGGAGAUUUUUCAUUCAGGCAAGAGAUGAUGAUGGAGAUGGAGAAAUAGAUUCAACAGGUAUUUAGGAGGUAAAACAGGGCCUGUAGCAGGCAGACAAGAGUGGACAAGUGAGGGUGUAGAACAUGGGUCCCUUUUUGGUUUGACCAAAUGGGUACAGGAUGUGCCACAUACCGAACAGGAUGGAAGGAUGGAAGAGAACACCCGAGUUGAGACUAUGAACUCAGUUUUGAAUCCUUGAGCUCUACAAAUGAAAAUUUCAACGUCAAAGGAUGUAUAGGUUGAGCCACCAAGAAGUGGAUUCAGGAUUGGGAGCUUGACUGCAUCUGGUUGCAAAUCCACUGCUCUUGACCCUCAAGGCACUAAAAAUCCGCAUCUCUGAAGAGUUUAGAGUCUGCUGUAAAGUAUGAAGUCCACCAGAGGUGAACAAAAGGGUAAGAGGCUGGAGACUGAAGGAAAGAUCCCGUUAAUCCCUCAGCAGGAACCGUGGAUGGCCUCCCAGCAUGGAAUUCAUCUUUCCAGAACAAGAUGAUGCAGAGGUGACAUCACAAAGGGAGGGGGAGUUUUGUCAUCUCGUACAGGACGUUCAGCCCGCUCUGCAUUCUCCUCUUGUUCUAACACCUCUCUUGGCCUUAACAUCCUGUUGAUCCCGAAGAGGAGGUGGGGCUCCCAAGGAAGGAGUAGCAAAAUAGCCCUAGCUGUCAGCAUGUGACUACGGAUUCCUGGACAUUAAAGGGUCAACGGCGGAGCGUGGGCUGAGAGUCCCUGGAGACAACCUGUGUGCUUGGGUAGAGCGCAAUCCAGUGGUGAGAGAGAAGGAAGCAAACGUGCUGGGUCCUCUCUCUUUCUGAGAGUGUUUCUUGUGUCCCUCCACUCCUUUCCUCCAGAACUGGCCCAAGACCCAACACAGACAGCAGGACAGCCCUCCGCUGCCCAGGGAGUGUCUUCUCUCCUCAGAGCACAGAGUCCCGGACCUCUCCAGGACAACACUCAAGACAGAGAAGGCUCCAGGGGCCACGACGAUGCCUGUCCUUUCCUCCCUACACUGCCCAACUCUGCCAUCCCUGCUGCCGACUCUGCUUCUGGGAUUCACAGGAACUGCAGGUGAAGAGUUCCAGGUGAACCAGCCUGAGAGUUCAGUGUCAGUCAGAGCUGGAGACAUCUUAACACUGGCCUGCAACGUGUCUGCUCACUCCCCAGCAGGGCCUGUCUUGUGGUUCAGGAAGAAUGGGCCAGAACAACAAUUAAUCUACAGUUUCAAUGGCAGCCACUUCCCCCGAGUAAACCAAGUGGAAAACACAGAGGUCAAUCAAACAGACUAUUCCAUCCGCAUCAGUGAUGUGUCACCCAAAGACACGGGCACCUAUUACUGUGUGAAGUUAACAAUAGGGCAUCCUGACAUGGUGUACGUAUCUGGUUCAGGCACCUACGUGUCUGUGAAUGGAGCCUCACAUGAGCUAUUCCAGGUGCAACAAGCUGAGAUGACACAGACUGUAUCGACCGGAGACACAGUCACCUUGAGUUGCAGGAUACCAGAUUCAUUCCCCAAAGGACCUGUCUUAUGGUUCAAGGGAACUGGGCCACACCGGGAAUUAACCUACAAUUUCAAAGGAAGUAUCUUUCCCAGAGUAAAAGAAAUUGGACGCACCACCAAAGCUGGCAACACAGACUUUUCCAUCCACAUCAGUGAAAUCUCUCUUUCAGAUGCCGGCACCUACUACUGCGUGAAGUUCAAGGAGGGGAAACCUGACAAGGAGUUCCAGCCAGGUCCGGGCACCCAGGUGUCUGUUAUUACCCCACCCUCUCUGCCUGUGGUAAUAGGUCCCUUGGAAAGGGCCCAAAUGGGGCGAACUGUGAAUUACAGCUGUAUGUCCUAUGGCGGCUUUCCCAAAAACAUCACCCUGAAGCGGCUCAGAAAUGGGAAGGAAAUUUCAUCCCUCCAGACACACGUCGUCCAGAUGAGGGACAGCAAUUCCUACAAAAUCGCCAGUACCACUGAGGGAGCCCUGACUCUACAGGACUUCCACUCUUAUGUCAGCUGUGAUGGGAAUCACCUAAGCUUACAUUAUGCUCUUCAGGGGAAUGCCGAUUUGUCUAAGACUAUACUAGGUAGGUGACACCACGUGGGGCCAGGCUGUGACCUAGCUUCGGAAAACAGUUCUCCCCAAAUUUACUCUGGUGAAUAAGUCUAAAUAAGAAUAGCACCUACCAUGUGCAAGGAAUUGUCACAUGCUAAGUAGGUGCUAAGUAAACAGCCACUGAGUAAUAAGCAAGGUGAAUCUUAUUGUUUCACGGGGUCUGAGCCUUUGUCCUAUGCUAUUUCAGUCCUAUGCUUUGUCCUAUGCUAUUUCACCCAACAUGACUAUUUUUGAACACCCCAUCUCAAAGAACAAGGUAAAUGUCACCUGCAAGGCAAAGAAGUUCUAUCCCCAUGGCAUACAGCUGACCUGGCUGAAGAAUGGACAUGUGUCCCAGACAGAUAAGACCUUGACCCCUACCAUGAGCAGAGAUGGACUAUACGCUGUGCACAGCUCGAUCCUGGUGAACAGAACUAACCAAGGGGCUAUGCUCACCUGCCAGGCAGAACAAGAUGGGCGGCAGGAGGCCGCUGCAAAAAUGACAUUUUGGGUUUCUGUUUAUCUGGAUAAGUCUGAGAAGUAGCCAAUGGCAAGACCUCCAUGACUUACUGAAAGAGGCACCAUCAUCUUUCCUUCAAAAUUUCUUUUCAAAACCAUGAGCUUUUAAGUUGUAAAAAUAAAGCCUGCUCCUUCCCUCACUCCAUCUCUCCCAUACACACAUCCGAACAAUCCAGAUUUAUAUAAAUAUACAGAUCAGAAGCUAAAUAUCUAUUAGAAGUCAAGUGCC